AUGAAAAUGAAAGCAUCCAUCGCCACAGCGUUCAUAGGCUUGACUGGGGUUCUAGCAGCGCCAGCCGCCUCCAUCAAUGUCAAGCGAGCCGAUCAAGACUGCCUUACCAUCGCGCGUGAUACAGCGCCUGUCGAUGUUGACUCCGCCACUUGCCGCAGCCACGUCGUUGCAUUCGACGGAGAUCUUAAAUGGAAACGGUUUUGGCAGGUCCACGUUGGCGUGAGCUUCAACAGUGGCGAUGGCUGCAAGCCCAUUCUUGCAACCAUGCUGAAAUGGGCCGGGAAUGUUGGAUUCUUUAUGGAGUCUAGCUAUCUAUGUGAAGAUGAUGGCUUCGGCGACACCCUACUUUCAUUUGUUGCUGGAGACGCCCGUCAUACCGAGGAGACGAACGAGUGGAUCAUCGAGGGUCUUCAGGAGGCUUAUCCUAUGAUUCUUUUCAAGGACGAUCAUAUUUGCGUCAUCGAACCUGCCGAGGGCCUUGUGGAGGACAAGCGCUCGACUCCAACUCACCGCAAGAGACUCGAGUCCCCAAUCGAGGCCAAUGCCGGCACAUGCGCCAACCAUGUAUAUGAAGAUGGUAGAAACCGCGAAGCGUACGAGAUAUUCAUCGGGUGGCCUUGGAACUAUGGCUACGGUUGCGAGCCAGUCCGCAACACUCUUCACUCAUCGAUCCCAGCCCCUGGUAUCAUGGAGUGGUACUGUCUCGACGAUGGUUCAGGAAACACUCGUCUACCAUUCGAGGUCAAUAGAAUCCAUCAAGAUGAAGGUAGAAUUGAUGAGGCUUUGGCGAUCGCUUACCCCGAUGUGAAAUCCUGGGUGCAUCCCUGCAGAGACGGUCACGGGUGA